UCUAAAAUCGGCUUCUGCUUUGCUUUUGCAGCUCUACUUUCAGUCACUGCGCUGAACUACCUCCUGUCCCUGGUCUCUUUGGUUCUGUUCUAUGUUUACUACACCCAUUCUGAUGGCUGCACUGAAAAUAAGGUCUUCAUUAGCAUCAACUUGCUGCUGUGCGUCACAGCCUCCGUCAUGUCUGUUCUACCACAGAUUCAGGAGUCCCAGCCCAGAUCCGGCCUGCUGCAAUCCUCCCUGGUCACUCUGUACACCAUGUACCUGACCUGGUCUGCAAUGACCAAUGAACCUGACAGAGAUUGUAACCCCAGCCUUCUGGGCAUCAUUGGGCUUAAUAGCACCAGCCCUAAAGGUCAGGACCAUGUGGUUACGUGGUGGGAUGCUCAAGGGAUUGUGGGAUUGAUUCUUUUCCUCAUGUGUGUCCUGUACUCCAGUAUUCGCAAUUCUUCAAAUGCCCAGGUGAACAAGUUGACUCUGACCACUGAUGAGUCUGCUCUGAUCGAGGAUGGACCCCAGACAGACAGCUUUGAGGAGAGCAGCGGCCUUAACAGAGCUGUGGACAAUGAGAAGGAUGGGGUCACCUAUUCUUACUCUUUUUUCCACUUCAUGCUGUUCCUAGCGUCACUCUACAUCAUGAUGACGCUCACCAACUGGUACAGCCCUGACUCCAAAUAUGAGACCAUGACCAGCAGGUGGCCGUCUGUGUGGGUGAAGAUCUCCUCCAGCUGGAUCUGCAUUGGCCUUUAUGUGUGGACUCUGGUGGCUCCACUGGUCCUGGUCAACAGAGACUUUGACUAAAAAACACACUUCCCUGCUACUCAACUGUAGAUUCAUGCUUUGCAUCUCUUGUGUUUUCUGUCAUCAGCUAUAUAAAAUCUAACCUUGCACCUGCUUACCGUGACAGAGGCAGAUUAGUCCUGGUGUUAGAGGAUCUCAGAGUGUUCAGUGUAGUCGUUUUUGGCAUGUGCAGUCUGGGUGAUGAGUAAAGCCUGUGUGCAUGCAUUCAUUUCAUCUUCAUUCCCAGUAAGAUGAAUCUUUGUGUUCUUGUGACAGGUUGUAGCCUGUUUUUAGUGAACCCUUGCACUGAUGCAGUUGUAAAUAAGUUUGUUCUGUGGUUUGUCCAAAGUGACUAAUCGUUAAUAAGCAUGUUUUCCUUUAAGCAGUGAAUGUUUCUUCACUUUUUAGGAGUGUUGUGAUGGCUUCAAUUGUCUCUAGCUGUCAAUCUAAUAAUAAUGGUCUCUGUAGUUUUGGGACAUGUGAAAGACUGUUCCACAGAAAUUCAGGCUCAAGCAGAGAGAUGUCUGGAACUGGGAACGCUGUUCCACUUCAUUGCAUGAAUAGUGCUGUGUCGGUGUUUUCUGUGUUAUUUGCAGCUGGCACAUACAUAAAAGACAUUCUUCCUUUCAUUGACUGAUUAAUGUCUAUUGUGUAAAAAUAAGUCUGGUUAAAACCUCUUUGUAGUGUUAUUAGAUAAUAGUUGAGUAUUAAUUUUGUCAUAAAGCUAUUACAUCCCUUAAUUAAAAUAAAGUGCAAAAAGAAAUGUG